UGGUCUUGUGACCUAACAGCUGAGGGUGGUGCAAAUUCUUUAGGAGCAAAAGUUAAUUUGGUGACAAAGGUUUAUUGAAGUACGAGGUUUUCAGAGGAAAAUCUCAAAAAUGGUGGACCGUGCGCAUAUUAAAGAGAUGAUACCUGUUCUGCAGGAUGAAAAAAUUGAUAUGUUAGCAGCUACAAGUAUUCUUCAACAACAAGCUGCUGACAUCAGAAAUCAGAGAAUCACUUGGCAGUCGUAUUUCCAAUCUCAAAUGAUAGCAAAAGAAGAUUAUGAUUUUAUUGUUGCCUUCGAUACAAGCGACGCUAAUGUGAGGGAGACAAAACUGAAAGAAAGUCCACAUCAAGCUGCUAAAACUUUUCUGAACUUACUUGGUCAUGUUUCGAAAGAUCAAACCAUCCAAUACAUUCUUAUAAUGAUUGAUGAUAUGCUUCAGGAAGAUCGCAGUCGUGUAGAAAUUUUCAAAGAGCAUUCAAAUCGGAAACGAGAAUCUGUAUGGGGGCCUUUCCUAAACUUAUUGAACAGACAGGAUGGAUUUAUUAUGAACAUGACUUCUCGUAUUAUUGCAAAACUUGCUUGCUGGAGUCAUGAUUUGAUGGAAAAAACAGAUCUUCAGUUCUAUUUGACAUGGCUAAAAGAUCAACUGAAACUAAGUUUGGAGGCUCUUGAAGAUACAGACUUGCAUGUGGGAGUAAAACAACCCAAUUCUGUGGACAAUGAGGCAUAUGAACUACAUGAACAAAUGAAUCCGAAUAACGAAUACAUCCAAUCUGUGGCAAGGUGCCUGCAAAUGAUGCUUCGUAUAGAUGAGUAUCGUUUUGCAUUUGUAUCUGUAGAUGGAAUUUCUACAUUACUUAGUGUUUUGACGGGCAGGGUAAACUUUCAAGUACAGUAUCAACUCAUAUUUUGCCUGUGGGUACUUACUUUUAAUCCAUUACUUGCAGAGAAAAUGAAUAAAUUUAAUGUUAUACCUAUUUUGGCUGACAUACUAAGCGAUUCCGUGAAAGAGAAAGUCACUCGUAUUAUUUUAGCAGUAUUUAGGAAUCUUAUUGAGAAAGUAGAAGACGGACAAGUUGCCAAAGAACAUUGUAUCGCUAUGGUACAGUGCAAAGUAUUGAAACAACUGUCGAUUCUGGGACAACGAAAAUUCGAUGACGAAGAUAUCACCGGUGACAUUGAAUUCUUGAAUGAUAAAUUGCAAGCAUCUGUACAGGAUUUGAGUUCCUUCGACGAAUAUUCAACCGAAGUAAAAUCUGGUCGCCUUGAAUGGUCUCCUGUCCAUAAAUCUGGUAAAUUCUGGCGGGAGAACGCUAGUCGGCUUAAUGAGAAGAAUUACGAGUUGCUGCGUAUUUUAAUUCAUUUGUUAGAAGGCAGUAAAGAUCCAUUGGUUCUUAGCGUAGCCAGCUUUGAUAUUGGAGAAUAUGUAAGACACUAUCCACGUGGCAAACAUAUAAUUGAACAACUGGGAGGAAAACAGCGAGUGAUGCAACUUCUUGGUCAUGAAGAUCCUAAUGUGAGAUACGAAGCUCUUCUUGCAGUUCAGAAGCUCAUGGUACACAAUUGGGAAUACUUAGGAAAACAAUUAGAAAAAGAACAAACAGGUACGUCAGGUCCUCCAGGGACGAAACCUGGCGCACAAGUUCCAGCAAAAGCUUAGACAAACGUAUAGCCAUUUUAUUCAAAAGUUUGGCUUAAAAUGUGUAUAUUUAAUCCUUCUUCUAUAUUUCCUCGCGUACAAUAUGUAUACUUUUAUUGCGAUAAAAAUAGAUACAUCAAAUAUUCGAAAUUGAAUUCCAUUAAAAAAUUACAUUCCUUUGUAUUCCGAUAUAGUAGAUACAAAGAAUAUAAAAUAAGAAUAUACAUAUAAUAGGAUUUAUCUGUUCGGCACCUGUUCAAAUAUACAGAUCAGUGAUUGUAUAAAUACAUCGUCUUAACAAUAAGAUGAGCAUCUUUAUAGAUAUAAAUGGAAUUUGUAAUUAAGAUGUUUAACGGAAUGUUAGGAAAAAUAAAGUAUUAUUAUUAUUAUAAAGAGUAAUAAAACAAAGUACAUUCAAA